GGGUUAAAUCAUUGCGCUUUGUCCCAUGAUAAACAGUCCACAUGUGACUUUAAAAUAAAAUCAUUAAAUCAUAUCAGCAGCGCAUGUAGACAAAUAUACUAUGCUUUGAACUCUGUAAACAUGCCAUAGUCGAUUAUAUUUAAAAAAUGAUAUUUUUCCUAGGAAAUUCAUUUUUAUAAUAGAAAUAAUACAUGUAAAAGUAACUUUCACUGUUUUCAAGCAGCAAGAGUGCGCUCAGUCUAUCCAACAUCAGCUGCGCUCCACAACAACGAGUUUUUGCGGCGAAAUUUGAAAAUGACGCAAAGGAUGGCCGCAACCAAUCAGAGGCCGGAACGGAGAUUGACAUUUAAAUGACUUUCCCUUUUAAGGGCAAGUCUCCGCCCUCGUCGAGUCCACGCUUGUCCCCCCCGAGAGCGCCGGAGCCUCGGAACCCGAGAGAAGGUGCGCUCCGCUGGGACAGAGGAGGCAUAAAGAGACGGGAGGGAGGGAGGGAAUGAGAUUUCUUGCUACCCAAUCCCACUUUUCCCCAGGGACAGCAAGCCUUCCCUGGUCCAUCCCUCCCUCUUGUUUGGUAAUCAUUUCAUUUUACUCCUUUUUGAAGCAGUCGCCCGUUUUAUCCCACUUUUCAUUUCACAAUCCCGUGCGCGUAUGUUCGCCUUCUUCUUCAGAGCAAGUUCGCGCUCUCCCCUCUUUCCACCCGCGACGAGAAGGUCUUCUUGAUCCCGGCUGAUCGUUGUCCUUUGAGAUGCUCCACAGCUCUAGCGCUUGCCUUCUCUCCACCCUCUUUUAACUAGAGACCGGUUAAUCUUGAGUGAACUGAACUUGGGUUUGGAAUCUAAAAUAAAGAGGAACACCCAAAGGGAUACGGUUACGCGUCUUUGGAUAAGGACCUCUAUCGCUUUCCCCAUUUGUUGCACUUUGGGGAAGAUUUUUCCCUUUCACUUGGUUUUGGUUAAUCCAGGUGGCCUUGUUCUGAGAGUGUAGCAGGAUUAUUCCGUUCGAGCUGGUAAAGAGAGACAUCCCCACAAGGCUAUUUUCAUGUUCUCCAUCCAGGACGGUCUCCCACGGGGAGCCUUGACCAUGAAAGAAGAGCCCCUCACGAGCGGCAUGACGCCGGUCCGCUCGUGGAUGCAGAGCGCGGGGAUACUGGAUGCCAACACAGCAGCGCAAAGUGGUGUCGGUUUGGCAAGGGCCCAUUAUGAAAAGCAGCCUCCCUCGAACCUGCGCAAGUCAAACUUCUUCCACUUUGUGCUGGCCCUGUAUGACCGGCAGGGACAGCCCGUCGAGAUCGAGAGAACCUCCUACGUGGACUUCGUGGAAAAGGACAAAGAAUACAAUGGCGAGAAAACCAACAACGGCAUCCACUACAGGUUACAGCUUCUCUACAGCAACGGUAUCAGAACAGAACAGGAUCUCUAUGUGCGAUUAAUAGACUCAAUGACUAAACAGCCAAUCCUUUAUGAAGGCCAAGACAAAAACCCAGAGAUGUGCCGGGUUCUCCUCACCCAUGAGAUCAUGUGCAGUCGGUGUUGUGACAAGAAAAGCUGUGGGAACCGAAAUGAGACACCAUCCGAUCCCGUCAUCAUCGACAGAUUUUUCCUGAAAUUCUUCCUAAAGUGUAAUCAGAACUGUUUGAAAAAUGCAGGGAACCCCAGAGACAUGAGGAGGUUUCAGGUGGUGGUUUCCACUACAGUGAAUGUCGAUGGUCAUGUCCUGGCCGUUUCAGAUAAUAUGUUCGUCCACAACAACUCCAAACAUGGGCGGAGGGCGAGACGCCUGGACCCAUCUGAAGCAGCCACUCCAUGCAUUAAAGCCAUCAGCCCCAGUGAGGGGUGGACGACCGGGGGAGCCACCGUUAUCAUCAUUGGCGACAACUUUUUCGAUGGAUUACAGGUGGUCUUCGGCACAAUGCUUGUUUGGAGUGAGCUCAUCACACCUCACGCUAUCCGGGUGCAGACGCCCCCUAGACACAUCCCUGGGGUCGUGGAGGUCACACUUUCCUACAAGUCCAAGCAAUUCUGCAAAGGAGCUCCGGGGCGCUUUGUCUACACAGCUCUGAACGAACCCACCAUAGACUACGGCUUCCAGAGGUUACAAAAGGUCAUUCCUCGUCAUCCCGGAGACCCGGAGAGGUUACCUAAGGAGGUACUGCUGAAGCGGGCCGCGGACCUGGUGGAGGCGCUGUAUGGGAUGCCCCAUAACAAUCAGGAGAUCAUUUUGAAGCGUGCCGCAGACCUGACGGAGGCGCUGUACAGCGUGCCGCGGAGCCAUAACCAGCUGCCCUCCCUGACGGGCUCCGGCGCUCAUUCGGGCAUGAUGGGAGUCAACUCCUUCAGCAGCCAGCUCGCAGUCAACAUCUCUGAAGCCUCACAGGGAGACCAAGGUUACUCUCGUAACUCCAACAGCGUGUCUCCUCGGGGUUACGUGGCAAGCUCCACACCCCAGCAGUCUAACUACAACACCAUCACCUCCACCAUGAAUGGAUAUGGAGCCGGUAUGACCAACCUGGGCGUUCCCGGAUCCCCCAGCUUUCUCAACGGCUCAGCCGCCAACUCUCCUUACGCAAUCAAACAGAAGAGCGCCUUCGCGCCUGUCGUCCGGCCACAGACCUCCCCGCCCCCCACCUGCACCAGCACCAAUGGGAGCAGUCUACAGGCUAUGGCCGGGCUGAUCGUCCCUCCUAUGUGAAGAGGAACGCAAGCUUUCAUUAGCCUUCCUCAAGUCCACAACAAACUCACUGGCUCACCAAAUCUGUCUGACACUCUUAUCAAACAUCACAGAUCCUCUGAGGAGCUGCCCCAAACAACAUCUACACCUGGACUGCUAAAAUCAAAGUCUACCUGGCCUGAAAAUGUCUUGUAAUGUCUUCUACAAAUCCAUCAUGGAGAUUCGCAGAAUUUUAAGAAGAAAGCCCAGAAGAUUUAUCAAAGACGAUCAUGAUACGAGCAGGAGCCGAGGUUUUGAUAUGGAAAAGGGCUUUCCGAUUUCGGCCAUGGGGGCAACUUUGCAUGACUGAUGUUGUUUGUAGAUCGGUUCCUCACGGUUAAUUUUAUGUGUAUGUCCUACAGUCCCGCAGGAACCAUGGGAUCUCACUUACUCAAUGGGACUUGCGGCAAUCGAUGCCAGUUAAAGAUGAUUUGCUCCUGUUUUACAAAUGUAACGUUUUAACAUCAAGGUUUGUUUUUCCUUCCUUUCUGUUUAAACCAUCAAACGAGCAAAGCGUAAUGCACAAAUCCAAAACAAUCCCAGACAGAAAAGCGCCGGGCAAGACAGUGAUAUUUAGUACUGAUCAGGAUUUUGGAUGUCAGUCAUUUUUAAACAUACUGUUUCUGUAGUACCAAUGUAGUUCCAGGUGUGUGGAUAGGUAGAUUUAAGCCAGGAAUGCUUUCUGCGGUUUUAUCACAUUAAGGUACCAGACUUAUUGUUGAUCUUCUUAUUGUGCUCUUUUGUAUGUAUUUAUAAAGUUGGUUUCAGGAUUUCUUUGGUGAGUUAGGCCUGAAUAAUAGUAUCAAAUAUCUAUGUCAAAACAUUUGAUGUCUUAAUACCUUUUAGAUAUUGUAAAAAGAGUGAAAACGAAAGGGAUUACACUUUUUUGUAAAAACAAAAAACAAAAAAACAAAUAGGUCUGGACACGACCUGGAUGCCUGUUUUUAAAAGCAGGACACAAAGCUCCACGACUUUUGUAAAACUGACAAUUUUUUUCCUCAAUCGUAUAUAUUUAAUGUUUUCGUUUUACAAACGGCAUUUGUGUUCUUGUUCCUCCUCUUGUCUCGUGUGUUUUUGUGAAACGUGUUAUUUCCUAAUGCACUAUUUUUGUUGAGGCACUUACAAGAGCUAUGUAUCUUAGCAAGCGUAAGAAAAUGUUAAAAAAGUAAAAAAAAUAGAAAAACUUAUACAAAUAUGCACCAGUACAUUUUCAGACGAUUUUUGGAUCGAUUACUUUUUGCUUCGGUCAUGAUAACUGAAAUGGCUACGUAAUUGUUUAUCAUGUGAUUUUUUUAAAAAAUGUCUCCAUAAUAUUUUUCUGUCCUUGUGAGGUUUAUUUUACAUUAGAUAUCCGUUUUUCACCACGUAGCAUUGAUUGGUGAAAAGUCAAAGUUUCCAGGCCGUCACAUCUAAUGUGCCGAUAAAUAUACCACAUGAUAAAUGUGUAUCACACGUUCCAAAAUGGACCAUAUGACAGAUUAUUUAAGUGGAGGAAUACUACACAAGCGAUUCGUUUUGACGUGGACCCAUUCGUUGACGUAAGUGUUGCUGGUGGUAUUGUUAUUGUCGUUGCACACGUGCACAAUUUUAUGCAAUCUGUAUUUCAAAUAAUGCAAGCAACUUGCUAUCCGCAUUUCUGUGGAACAGCUGUGAAAUUUAAUAAAAGGAGAUAUGAUGCCUUAAAAUAAAAUGUGCUACGACACGAUGUAUAUCUUACAUGAAAAACGAAAUCCAAUCUUAAACUUGCUCGUGAUAUGAUGCAUUUAAAUACUUUUGAAACCACAACGUUUUAAGACGAAUAUGAUGUAGGCAAUCUGAGUACAUUGCAGAAAUACAGCUGAUGGUUUACUGUCAUUCGACACUACAGUUUCUUUAUCAUGUUUAGUUUCUGUUUGUGAAACAACUAAACAUCAUCUACUGUGACCACUUGAAAAAGAUGAAAUUUUAAUAUUCCCGUCAUGUUUUUCCUAUUUCCUGAAAUGAGUGAAGGUGUGUGUGUAUAUGUGUUCCUAAGAUGAAAUUUUAUUUCACAGGUGACCUAAUUACUUUACAUUCAUCCAGUUGGGGUUUCGACAUAAAUGGGGUGAAGGAAAUAGAAAUUGACAGUGCCCUAUUGUAUUGAAACAGCUGAAUUCAAUCUUAAAGUUCACAUGAAACACAGGUGUCAGAGAUUUAGCCUGACAGGAAAACACACACACACACACACACACGGUUUUAUCCAUUUCCCUCAUGCAUUGCGUUUUCUAAUAGCUUGUGAAAGGUUUUUGUCAUAGAUGUAGAAAGCUGUCUUCUGCUUUUUUCCAAAACAGAUUUUUUUGGAAAUGUUGAACUCGAAAUGAAAUGGGGAAAAGGUACUGCAUCUUUGUGAAAUAUGAAAUAUUAUAUCAAAAUAUAUCAAAGCACAAUGUUUAAUUAAUGUCUUUAGAAUUCAGAUAGGGAGAUGUAUUCUACUUUCCUUUCUUCUCUGACCAUGCUGUAAAUAAAUGCAUGUUUUUCCUUCAUUUUCUUUUUUCUUUUCGGUUUUCCUGUGAUUCCGUGCUUUUUGUACAGAAACAGAAAAAUAAAGAUUACAUUUGG